AUGUCAUCUCAGUCUGCAUCGCAAAGAGAGCCUAUCAGCGCAUCGGAGAUCUUCCCAAGCGUGGAACCGCAAGUUCUUGAAGUACCUCAAGGAGUACCAAAAUUAACAUACCAGAGCCUCAGAAACCCCACCAGCUUCCGCCUACUUCAGAUCCUAUCAGAUGGUGGCCCCGGUAUUCUUCGCUGCAGGAUGUUUGAUGUCGAUCUCGCUGCGCAAGAGACCCCUCCAUACAUCGCAUUAUCCUAUACAUGGCACGACGAGUCUUUGCCCAAGACCUUCCGGCCUGUACUGAUCAACGACAAGUACCUGAACGUCAGCCUGAAUCUCUGGAACUUCCUCCAGAAUUACCGCGAAACAGCCGGCGAGCGCAUCAUCUGGAUUGAUCAGAUAUGCAUCAACCAAGACGAUACGGGCGAGUGCGUUCAGCAGAUAGGGCAGAUGUGUGAGAUCUACCAGCGUGCUUCUAUGGAUAUAUUUUGGAUCGGCGAGCCGGGAGAGAAUGCAGAGGCAGUAUUGGAUCUUCUUUCAUCUUUGUAUCGCCUAGAGACGUAUCUCCUUGAGUCUGAAGGUUCUCGGCCUGGAAUGAGCGCUUUGCUUAACCCUAUCUUCAUGAGGACUAUCGGCCUACCAGAGCACGAUAACCCAGUAUGGGGCUCUCUCAUGCAGUUCAUCUCACGAACCGCGUUUCAACGAGCCUGGAUCAUCCAGGAAGUCGCAGUCUCACGCAAGACAUCUAUAUUCUGCGGACUGUUGAUGCUACCGUUUGACGUUGUCGGGAGGGCCGCGACUUUCCUCGUUGAGAGCUCAUGGAUCAAAGUCUUCCACGAUAUUUACAGCGUCUCUGGGGCAGCGGGCUUCAUCACGGGUAUGAUGAACUGUCGUUUGCGACAUCAGGAGGGAGAGCAUCAGAGCUUAGAUCUUUUGCUAGCAUCGACACGGCGCUUCAAAGCUACGAAGCCAGUGGACAAGAUAUUCGCGCUGACAAAUCUAGCUGAGAGCGGGAGAAAAGAAGCGCUGCCACCGGCUCUUAGACCAGAUUACCGAAAGUCUGUUGUCGAGGUCUUUCGAGAUGUCACUCUUCAUCUCAUCCGCCAAGGUUCACUGGACAUCCUUUCUGGUGUCGAAGAUGUGAAGUUUCGGCAAAUUCAACAGCUUCCGAGUUGGGUUCCAGACUACAGCGUGCAUCAGGUUGCCUCUAUCCUCUGUAUGCCACCGCGACCUGGAUGGUUUACCUUGUAUGCCGCUGCAGUAGGACGAGACGUCAGUGUUCAGCAUUCACCUUCUAACCCAAAUAUCCUGACGCUGUCGGCGUAUAGAGUUGACGCGAUAUCUAAGAUAGGUCCUGCAGCAGAGGAGUCGAUCUACAACACCUUGGAGAAGUGGGCGAGUAUGGUUGAUUUCAGUGCACCGUACCCAAUCACCAAUGGAAAGUCCUUUCCCAUGAUUGACGCCUUUUGGCGCACGCUCGUCGGGAAUAUCGGCUUUGGAGCAAGCUCUUACCCAGUCAGUCAAGAUUGGCGCUAUAAAUUUGCCGCAUUUGCUUUGCAGGCACGGUGGGAACUCCAGCAACAUCUUUCUAUUUCGUCCGAUACUCAGCGGGUAGCCGUGGAGAGGCCUAGUUUGACACCUGGCAUUGACUCAAUUCUUGACAUAUUGAAGGAUGACCAUCAGAUGGACCAUCAAAUGGAGGAGGCUCUCGAUGAAGAUGGUGAUCUCUAUCGAAGUACUAUGCACCAUAUCUCUUGGUAUAGAAGACUUUUCCUUACAGACGGUGGGUACUUGGGUCUCGCACAUCCGUCUUGUCAACCAGGGGACGAACUGGUUCUUCUGUCUGGCGGGCGCGUACCGUUCGUGGUCAGGAGAGGGAGCAUGGAAAUACCAGAGUGUUACUCGAUCGUUGGAGAGGCUUAUGUGCAUGGAAUCAUGGAUGGGGAACUGUUAGGCGCUGCGGAUGCCAAGUGGGAAGACUUACACCUUAGAUAG